AUGGCUGUUGCAGGGCGAUGUAGCUGCAUAAAGGAGAAUGUGCCUCUUUGUUUUUGUUUCCUCGUUGUUUUACUAAGUGUCCUUACAAAUGCACAAAUUCGCUACAGCGUUCAGGAAGAGCUGGAGAGCGGCACCGUCGUUGGCGAUCUCGUUCGAGAUCUCGGGCUGGAGCUCAGAAAGCUGUCCGCGCGUCGGAUCAGAAUCAGCUCUGACACUGCGAGGCGAUACUUCAACAUCAACCACAAAACUGGUAAGCUUGUUAUAAGCGACCGGAUUGACCGCGAGACGCUCUGUGAAUUCAGCGGCACCUGCACGCUUAGUCUGGACGUGGUGUUGGAAAGCCCGUUUGAACAGCACAGCGUGGAUGUUGAGAUUCUGGACGCAAAUGACAACUCGCCACUUUUCCCCCGAGAUGAGUACCAGCUGGAGAUCUCCGAGGGCGCGCAGCCAGGCGCGCGGUUCUCCAUUGAGGGCGCGCAGGAUUCUGACGACGCCUCAAAUUCUGUGCGCCAUUAUCGCCUCACCCCAAACGAACACCUGGCGCUCGAUUCAACCAAACCACCUGCGGACGGGAAGCAGGUCGAGCUCGUGCUGAAAAAACCGUUCGACCGCGAGCUUUUACAGUCGCACCAGUUUCUAAUCACUGCUACUGACGGCGGAUCUCCUCCGCGCUCUGGCACAGCCAGAAUCAACGUGCGCGUUUUGGAUACCAAUGACAACGUGCCAGUGUUCGACAGCUCAGUCUACAAAGUAAAACUGCGGGAAAACUCUCCCGUCGGCGCGCUGGUAAUUAAAUUAAACGCCACAGAUAGAGACGAGGGCUCCAAUGGGGAGGUGUACUACUCAUUCAGCUCCUACACGCCAGAUAAAGUGAGGCAGAUGUUUUCUGUUGACGCAGACAGUGGGGAAAUCAGAGUUAAGAGCAAUGUGGACUAUGAAGAAACCAACAGCUAUGAGAUGUACAUCCAGGCUGCAGACCGAGGCCAAGGAGCUGUAGCUGUGCACUGUAAAGUGGUGGUGGAGGUGCUGGAUGUGAACGAUAACCCUCCUGAGAUUGUGCUGUCCUCUCUAUCCAGCCCUGUUCGAGAGGACGCUCGGGCAGACACCGUGGUGGCUCUAAUCAGCAUCAAUGACAAAGACUCUGGACAAAACAAACAGGUCAGCUUGGACAUCAUCCCACCCGACCUUCCCUUUAAAAUCAAGUCAUUCCGAAAUCAUUACACCAUUGUUACCUCUGCCCUGCUGGAUCGAGAGACUAUAUCGUCGUAUAAUGUUACGGUUACGGCUACAGAUGGUGGGACGCCACCUCUUUCAUCCUCGAUGACAGUGCGAGUGGAAGUGGCAGACAUAAAUGACAACCCGCCACGCUUUAAACAGACUUCAUACACUGUUUACGUCUCAGAAAACAAUGCACCCAGUGCACCUCUGUGUGUCAUCAAAGCAACCGACCCUGAUGCCGGUGAGAACGCACGCAUCACAUACACCAUCCUCACCGACAACAACCAUGGAGUUUCCGUAGGAUCUUAUGUUUCGGUCAAACCUGCUACCGGAGAGGUGUACGCACUCCGCUCGUUUGACUUCGAGAAGCUGCGCGAGUUUCAUUUUCAAGUGAAAGCACAAGAUAACGGUGUGCCACCGUUGAGCAGGGUCGCAACUGUCUACAUCUACAUCAUGGACUCCAACGACCACAGCCCAAAGUUUGCUCGCGCAGUAGUAAACGGCUCCCACUCCACAGAGACUAUUUUGCGUCAUUCGGAAGCAGGGGUCCUUGUUUCACGUGCUCUGGCAUGGGACUUGGACGCUGGAGAAAAUGCCUGGUUGCUUUACAACCUCCAUCAUGCGCCAGAACUGGACUUGUUUAAAAUACACGAGCACACAGGUGAGAUCCGCACUACGAGACGAGUAAUCGAAGACAAUUCGACGGUGUUCAGCCUCACGGUGCACGUACGUGACCAUGGUUCACCUGCUCGCUCUGCAUCUACAACGAUCAACGUUGCAGUUAUGGAGCUGCCACCGAAGGUGGCUCCAGACCCCAAGCGCAUCAUCAGGCCGCACGGCACAAUGAUGUUCUCAGAAGUAACCCUCUAUCUUCUUAUUGCGCUCAGUGCCACCACCUUUGUUUUCUUGCUCACAGUCUUCGUCCUUGCCAUCGUUCGAUGCCAUGCCUACUGCAGCCAGCCAGAUGCUUGCUCCUGCUCUCCUUGCUGUGGCUCUAAAAAGAAAAAGACAACAACUAUGAAAAAGGCACCUAAAGAUGGAGGAGGUGGUGGAGGAGGCGGUGGAGCUACAGGUGGGGGUGCGGCUGGCGGGGUCACUGUCCAUCAACAAGCCGCAGUAAUGCGCAGAGACCUGAAAGUGGAGCCACACUACAUUGAGGUCCGAGGAAAUGGCUCUCUGACCAAAACAUACUGCUAUAAGACCUGCCUGACCGCCACCUCAGGAAGUGACACUUUUAUGUUCUACAAUACGGGCCGGCCGUUGAGCGGAACUUGGGGUUCGGGGGCAGAUCGCUUCUUCACUGGACAAAGCGGACAGUUUGUGCGCAGACUGAGCAUGCCCGACGCUACGGCAAUACAGGUGUGUGCACCUAAAGUUCCCAGUUCAGACUGGAGAUAUUCGGCGUCCCUCAGAGCAGGAAUGCAAAGUUCUGUCCGUAUGGAGGAGUCCUCUGUGAUGCAGGGAGCUCAAGGAGUCCUGGUUCAGAACUGGCCCACCGUUUCCAGCGCUCCCGAUAAUGAGGGUGGAGAGGUGUCUCCACCUGUAGGCGCUGGAGUGGACAGCAACAGCUGGCAUUUCCGAUAUGGGCCGGGUCCCGGAGGCCCUCCGCACCUGAAACCCGGUGAAGUUCCUCCCGAAGCCUUCAUCAUCCCUGGAUCUCCGGCCAUUAUUUCCAUCAGACAAGGACAGGACGGUGACGACAAGAGCGACUUUAUUACCUUUGGGAAAAAGGAGGAGGCCAAGAAGUUAAAGAAGAAAAAGAAGAAGGAGAAGAAGGAUAAGCGGGAGAAAGGGAAGGAUGAUGAUGAUUAGAGAGACAGAGGAAGGAUGUCUUUUAAAAGACAGAAGUCUCAACGAAAGUCUGUAGAACAAAAAGUGUGCGUUUAUUAAGUCUGAGAUGCAUAUUUGGGAGCUCGUCCAAAUGUUUUCUUUUUACAAAAACGUUCCUGUUUGAUUACACAAAUACAUGGCAUCCCUUUCCAUUUCUUAAUGAUGAAACUGAUUAAUCUUGCCUGUUAGAUUACUGAUUAGUGUUCUCUACAAUUCAGACUGGAGUUGGUACGUCUGUCUUUUUCAUCCGAUUGGCUUUUGUUUUCCUUUUGAUAGGAAGACAAAAUCUGAUGUAUAAUGUUUGUUAGCUGUGUGCCGCUUCAAGUGUGUUAAAAUGCAGGAGGGAAAAAAAAAACUGCACAUGCUGGUGUAAAUAUGCAGGUCGAGGUGUGUGAAGACGCUAAGUUAACGCUUUUUGCUCAUUCACUUCUCCUGGUGCAGGAUGGGAGAAACAUCCUGUAAAACGAGAGACGCUGAUACAUACUUUCACACAGAGGACACAAAAAAAGUCUCACAUCCUCGAAAUAAA